AUGCAUGCGCCUGAGCACGCCGCCGGGGUAGGCGGGGCCGGCUCAGCCGCGCCGAACUCCGGGGCCGACUUUCCCGAAAGCGGUCCUCCGCAGAAGCGGGCGCGUCACGACACGGUUGAACGACAAGGGGCAAACUCGUGUUCGCUCUCUGAACCCGCUCGCCUUUCUGAAGGGAGAGGCGUACAGACGCGGAAGCAGGCGGAAGCAACGGAGACAGGGAGACGGGAAGCUGACGCACCGCCGCAGCUCUGUGAGAGUCUCUUUACAGAGAUUGCGGCGCUUACCGUGGGUGCGGCUCAAGCCACCGUGCAGCCGUGCCUCUUGCGGCUUGAGACUGCCGCCACGGAGUUGCUUUUGCUCUUGAGAGAAGAGCGGCGUCACGGCACGUCUUCCGCCCGGGCGACCGAUUUCGCUUCGGCGGCCGCCGCGGGCGUCAGUCUCCCUCCCCCCGCCGAGGAGGCUCAACUCAAGCGAGGUCGCUGGGGUCUGCAGAGCACACCCGCCGAAAACGCGACAGGCGCCAGCGCAAGCUAUCCAGGAGGCGGCGACGUGGUUCUCCGCGAGCGCCUGCGGGUGUACGUACAGCGUUUUCUGCCCUCCUUCCUCGGACUGGGCAGCCACCCGAUCGCGGCCUUCCGGCACUUUUGUUUGCAGUUUGUUGCUCGCCUCGUCCACACUGACGGGCGCGCGGUACCGCUCGUGCUGGUGACUUUGGAUCGAAUUCUCGAGGAAAUGUGGCGGGAGCGCGACAAGUCGCCGUCCGCCGCUCUUCUGCUUUUCGGUCUGGAUGUCUCUCGGAGAUUCUGGAAGACUCUGUUGGUCUAUACCUGCCUCGCCGCCGCGCGGCUUCGGCGCUACGGCCCCACUGGCGUCCAGGACUUUUUCGGAGGCGAGCAAGCGACGCUCAAAGGAUUCCGCGCACUCGUCUCCUUGAGGACUUUCCUCCACAAGCUCCUCAGCUCCAAGUCGGCUGCCUCAUCCGUCACGCCUCCGGUCAGUUACGAGAGCUACCGAGAAGCUCUGGCGAUCCUCGAACGGUCGCUUGAGUUUCUGUGCACGAAGCCUCUGUCGGCCAAAACAGCCGGCAGCCACGAUCCUGGGUUCCCUUUCUCCAUUCCUCCGCCUCCUUCGUUUUCGUCCUCCUCUCUCUCCGACACCCUCGGCGCCGCUCUGAAUUCGUUCUGUGGCGCGUCUUCGUCCUCCUCGUCCACGCCCGCCCCGCGUGGCGGCCCGCGCGCAGGUGUCCGUACACCUGAGGGCGCUGGAAAACAGGCAGAUGCUUAUCUGCCCCAAGUCUCCCCCACGUUCAGCAGCCGCCAGGUCCAGUAUCUCCAAGAUGCCCCUCCUGUCAUUCUGGCCGACCGAGAUCUGAUGAAGGCUCUCGAGAGUUGGGCCACCUCCGACACCGAUCUGCUGCUUCAGCUGCUGCAGCACCGCCCGCCUCAGGUGUACGUACAGAGCGGAGACGCGUCCGCCGCACAUGCAUCCCCUCCGCAGGGCUCCGCAGAGGGCCGAGCGGGCGAGAUGCCCUCUGAGAACUCGCCGCCGGCCGAAAACACUCAGGCCUCUGCCGCCGCCGUCGCGGCGGCGACCCGCGAGGACACUCUCGCCAAAGUGAAGACGUCCGACGCAGACGCGGCUGCACGAAACGGGGAUCGUCCAACCCUCGCCCUGGACGCCCUGUUCUACACGUUUGUCCUUCAGGCCGUCGCAUGGCUCGGGAGCCGACGUCCUCAGUACCUCCCGCUGUUCUACGCUCCGCUGCGUGGACUCGUCUGUCUCCUCACGUCGAGCGGACGGGCCUGUCGCCCCUCUGCCUCUCCCUCCCCGUCUACUUCGCUCUCUUCAUCUGCCUUGGCGGCGGCUCUGGGCGCCCUUCCUGCGGAAACGCGAGCCGAUUUGCUCUCUGUUGUGCGCAUGGAGUUUCUGCGUCUGCUGGCCUCGCCGCUGUGCGCGUCGAGCUCCUGGCGAGGGAAGAUCGUGGAGGCGCUCCACGCAAGCGGCAAGGCGGGCACCUGCGCAGCGCUCGUUCAAGAAAGCCGAGAGGUCUUCGCAGACAUGUGGGUCGCGAGGCAGCCGCGGCGGGUCGCCGCUGCAGGCGGGCAGGCCGCCUUCCACGUCGCCCUCCUGGCGCCUUCCGCGGCGUCAGCGUCUUCAGCCGCUUCUUCGUCGUCUGACGCCUGCGCUGCACUCGGCGGCGAUGAAGAGCACGAGGAGGAGGAGGACGCGCGCGAGGCUGCGCGGGGCGAAGAGGAGGCAGUGCUGCGCCAGCAGCGGCUGUGGCAAAAGGACGACGACAGCUCGUUUUUCCUGCAGCCGCACAAACACAUCGACGCAGUCACGUGGCUCGCGGCUACGCGCUCCGAGGAGGAACUCGUGGAGUUGACGCUGAAGAACUUGAGCCGCCAGCCGGCGGGGCCGUGCCCAAAGCCCCGCGGAGGUCCCCAGACAGCCGCGGCGCCCGAGCGCGGCGACGAAGGAGCGCAAGCUGCAGAGAGCCGCGCGCGAGAGCAAAGUCUGAAUGAAGCCGACUCGGGGAGGGGAGCGCGGACGGAGCUCGGCAACGCCGCAUGCGCGUCGGUCGACCGCGUAGCUAGAGAGCUCGUGACGCAGAUUGAAGAUGAAACUUCUCUGUGGAACGAGGGAGACGCGGAAGGAAGUCGCGGGGAGGAGGGCGGGCUGCCGAUGCUCUUCGAGCGCGCCGACUUCGAUCUGAUGCUGCCCCCGCACCUGAGGAACUUCGUCCCCCAGGGAUCGCGUGAGGGUGGCUUCCAAGGCAGCGACAGGGGCGAAGAAGGCGCGCGCGCAAAACGCGAUCUUCAUCAACUCGCGCGGUCACCCAUUUCCUCUGCACGCGACGCUCCGUGCGCUCCUGUUGAGGACGCGACGGAGCUCGUGAAGACGCCUGCGCUGGCUGCCAUGCAGCGCCACGGCGGUGUCUUCAAGGCUCUGCUCUUCCGCCAGAUGCUUCGCGCCCCGUUCUUCCCGCGGGUCAUCGGAGCGAACAUUUUUGCCUCAGCGCUUCGCUUCCAUCAGAAGCGCACAGAAAUCGCUCUCCGGAUGAUUUUCUGGCCGUCGCAAGACGCCGCGACGCAGAGAAACCUCUGCUCCACGUUCCUCCAGGCGCUCUUCAGCACGAGGAUCAUGCCGCUGCUCGAGGAUGCAACGGGGGGCGGCGAAGGCCGCGACCAAGAGGGCGAACUCCUCGAGUGGCGCAUCCGCAUCAACACGAUGUUGGAUCUCCUCUUCUAUAAGGCGACGCAGGACGCGGAGCAGCUGUCGCGCUUUCGCCAGCCUCUCGCCGCUCUCCCAGACGGCCGCGCGUCCGUUCGAGAGGCGAAGGCCGAGAAGGCUUCGCGCGGAGCCGACGGAGGGGCUGCCGCGUCUUGCGCGCUCUCUGCCGCCGAUUCGCUCUUGGUUGCGGACUUUUUCUUCGCGCCGGCGCGAGAGGACGUGGCCUCGCCCUCGUCGGAGUCGCGCGACUCCUCCGCGGCAGCUCCGCCGCUGUGCAUUUCUUCUCUUGCGUUGGUGCGCGCGCUGGAGGGUCGGCUGCCGCAGUCGCUCCUCGGCUGGCGUUUCACGCUCCCGGGCGAGGCGAGCGCGGAGGUCGAGCAGCAGCCUCAGGAGAGCGCCGCGGCCGCGGGCGCAGAGCGCGAGGGAGGAGAAGCGAGAGAAGAAGAGAGAAAAGAGGGGAAAGAAAGCAAAGCAUUUCGCUACGCCGACGUGCUCGACCUUUGCCUGGAUGCGGUCUACUCGCCAGCGCUUCUCGCUGACACCGCCCAGCGCGACAGUUACUGCCAGCUGGUCGCGCGCUUCUUCGUGGAUCUGCCGCACAUCGGGGUGCGGGGCUUCCGCCGGGUGGCGUCCUGGGCGACGGCAGCAUCGGGACUCCCGCGCCGACUCGCCGUCGCGGUUCUGUCGCAGCUCCUCAAGCGCGGAAACUCUCUCCUCGCACGUCGAACUGCCUUCUCUCUUGUUUUGACACUCGAGCACGUGGCCUGCGAGAGCGUCCGGCGUUUGCUGUUGAAGCUCAUCAGCUCGCCGAAGGGAAUUUACCUUUUGGCUAAAGACGAAGAAGCGAUAGCCCCGCCGUCGUGGCAGCAGCCUCGACGCCUCGUCCUGAGCGGCGCCGCCGCGGGAGACAUCGAGGCGCAGCCUCGAGCCCCCGAAUCGGUGCCUUUCGUCAUCUACAGCGCGUCUGAUGCGAGCGAGGGGGGAGAAGAGAAGACUGUGGAGGCGGACGAAGAAGAGCGGAGAGGAUGGACUGACAGCCGGCAGUUCGGGCGCGCGUGGAUUGAAGCUUGCGCGGGCAUCGUCCUCAGGUCUGUCGCACCAGACGGCGCUCGGUUCGCCGCUCCCAUCGUGACGAAUGCCUUCGUUGCCUCACUCGCACAGCAGAUCAUUCUGCGGUCGGAGGAGGCCACGCUGCGGCGCAUCGCCGCUUCCCCGUCGGAGGCGUUCGAAGCGGGCGGCAAGACGUUCGACACUGAGGGCCUCAAGGAGAGGCUGAGCUGCUUCUUCACGUUGUGCGUUCGCCAGCCUCGUCUUCUCCACGCGUUCUUCGAGGUUUUCCUCCUCUGCUCCGCGACCUGCCGCCGCGAUCUCGAGUCUCUGUUCGCCAAGUGCAUCGCUAAGAUUUCUCCGGCGUGUCACCCCGAAUACGUCCGCCUGCUUGAGAACUACGAACUGGAGCAUCACGCGCUCGCGGUGACUCUGAUCAACCACUGCGUGGAUUUCGUGUUUGCGAAUCCCGAGGGCGACUUCGAGGCGCUGCCGGCGCUCGUCGGCGCAGUCUGGGCGCAGACGCAGGCCCCCGAGGGCGAGCGCGCGGAGGGAGAGAAGAAAGCGAACGCGGAGGCGGAGAAAAGAAGAGAAAACGCAGCCGUGCUGGCCUUGCCACUGAUCGCCUUCUUUGAAAGGGCGCAGCUGAAGACGCUUUUGCCUCUCUUUGUGUUUGGAGAUUUUGGUGAAGCGGACAUAAAGACAGCCCUGAAGCGCAUUUUGACCGUGCCGCGGGAAGUGCAAGCGAAAAUCUAUCCAGGCAGCUCCGUGACGCCUCCCGAAGAACUCCUCAUGCUUCUCUACAGUCUCCCCUGUUCAACCGGCGAGCAGCGCAAGAAGCAGACGGCGGUUUUGGACUACUGUCUCGAUUUGACUGGCUGCACCAGCAGGUCGGAGUCACCGACGGAGAUCUUCCCAAUAGAUGCGGUCGCGGCCACGUGCCAGAGGAUCGCAGACGACGACUCGCAGCCGAUCUCGGUUGUCUUCGGGCGCCUGCUUUGCCAGGUCGCACAGAACAUGCCUUCUUUGCGCGAGUUCGUCGCCGGCACAGUGAUGCCUGCGCUUGUUCGGCGAAAGAUCUGGACGAGUCGCAGUUUGUGGAAGGGUUUCGUGAUGGCGACCUCGAUUCUCUGGGCGGAGCGGAAAGAUCUCCUCGUCAGAAUCAUCCUCGUGCUGCCAGAAGACAAGACACGAGACUUGCUGCAACACCUCCAGCAGCGGCAUUCCGUCACGGCGGACAUCUCGGCCUUCCUGUAUCAAGACGACCAGGCUCGGCGGGCGUGCCCUCACUACCUCCGCGUUCUGCUCGGACUCACGAAUUAG